UUCACUUUCACUUUCAGUGAAUGUCGAGCUGGUGUAGGUUCCGAGCUGGUCUCUUGGCUGCUGUUGCGGGGCCGUUGGGCCUGGAUUAGAACCUGAACCGGACCAGGACUUUGGGCUUGUGUCCUGCUAGCGGGCUGGGAGGUCCCGGAGAAGGGCGCGGGGGAUCCAUGGGGCGGACACCCCAGGACAGGGCGGGGCACCAGGCUCGCUAAGGCCCACAGCUUGUCACUGAUCGGGACCUGGAGGCCGCGCUGAGCUGUAGCGGGCAGAGACUCAAUGCCCAGCCGGGGGCAGAAGCAGACACACUGCGGUCUGUUCUCAGGACCAUGCUCUGGAUUUUUGUCAUUUUCUUGAUAACACAACUACCUCAUUCGGAAGCUCUACAGUGCUUCGCAGGCGAAUAUGAAAUAAAUGGCGAAUGCUGUCCUAUGUGCAGUGCUGGGAGCAGAGUCGUCAAACAUUGUAGACCAAGUAGCAGCACAACUUGCAUGCCAUGUGUGGACGACACAUAUACAGAGCAUCCCAAUGGCCUAACAGAGUGCAUGAGAUGUAAAGUCUGCGAUGCAGGAGCCCGACUGAUGAUAAAAGAAAAAUGCACGUAUACGAAGAACACCGUGUGCGGCUGUGCCCCGGGGGAUUUCUGCCCACAUGCUGCAGGCCUGGACUGUGAAAUGUGUCGUCCCUACACCGUCUGCCCCCCUGGCUAUAUGGUGAAAAAACCUGGCACAGAAUUCCUUGACAACGUAUGUGAGGUUUGCCCUGAAGGAACCUUCUCAGCAACCAACAUGUUACGCACCUGUCAGCCAUGGACCAGGUGUGAAGAGGAAGGGAUGAGAGAACAAAAGGCCGGGACAGCCACUUCUGAUGCAAUUUGUGUACGAAGAGGCCUUUCUACCACAGCGAUAGCAUUGAUAAUUGUCCUUGCUCUCUCACUUUUAUCUGCAUUUGCUGGAACAGCGUUCUUUUUAUGGAGGAGGAGGAAGAGGAAAGAUGGCGGAACACCUGCACAGGAGACAGGGGGUGAGCAAAACGAAGAGGUUGUGGAAAAUUCGAUACAGACUAAUAAAAAAAGGACUGAUGCAGCCCUCCCUGUUCAGGAAACUACUAAAAACUCUGGCACAUCCACCCUUCACAGCACCCGAACAAACACAGGCAAGAGCCGAUGCACUUUUUCAAAGUGGGGGAAGAGAGAAAACCAUUCGUCAGCCCUGCAAGUGAGAGAGGAGGAACACGGAGAGGAGUUUCUACUACAGAGCUAGGGAAAUGGCCACCAGCCCUGGAUUCUCCUGAAGGCUCAGGACUACUCUAGAAAAAGCUGAAUGAUCAAGGACAGAAAAUCGAUCAGAGUUUAGUGAUUGGAGGCUUCUGAAAAUCCCUCUUGACUGGAUUCUAGUGAUCAUCAUCACUGUAACUUUAGGCCUUGGCUACACUUGCAGCUGUACAGCGCUGUGAGGUAAACCUGUCUUCGGACAGCUGAGUAGGGAAAAGCGCUGCAGUCUGUCCACGCUGACAGCUGACAGCGCAGUGGCAUGG